AUUCAAUGGAAUACUCUAACUGGGAAAACCGGUCAUCUGUGUCCAUCUUCCUGGUUGUAGGGCUUUCAGAAACCCCAGAACCUCAGCUCCAGAUUUUCCUCAUCUUCCUCCACAUCUACCUUAUCACUGUUGUUGGUAACAUUGUGAUUCUUGUCGUGAUAUCUUCAGAUCAGCGACUACAUACGCCAAUGUACUUCUUCUUGGCCAACCUUGCGGUCAUUGACAUCUUAUUGUCCUCCGUCACUGUCCCCAAACUCCUGUUCAUCCUGGUCACUGCCCAGAAGGCCAUCUCCUACGCCGAGUGCAUCACCCAACUCUAUUUCUUCCAGUUGUUCAUGGUGGUGGAGUGUUACACUCUUGCCGUGAUGGCCUACGAUAGAUAUGUGGCCAUCUGUUUCCCAUUGAACUACAGUCUAAUCAUGAGCAGAGCAGUGAGAUUCAGGAUGGUCAUUGCUUGCUGGGGUAGUGGUCUUGUGAACUCGGUGGUCCAAUCUGUGUCAAUAGGUCAGCUUGACUUUUGUAGGCAAAAUAAAGUGGACCAUUUCUUCUGCGACGUUACUCCUCUCUUCAAGUUGUCUUGUUCUGACACACGAGUUGGGGAGGCCCUUUUCAUGAUAGUGGUAGUCGCAGCUGGGAUGGGGCCACUAAUCUUUAUUCUUGUAACCUAUGGCCGAAUCAUUGCAGCGGUUACAAAGAUUAGCACCAGCAGAGGCAGAUUUAGGACAUUCUCCACCUGCAUUUCUCACUUCACGGUGGUGGCCCUGUAUUACGGCAGUGGGAUCUUCAGCUACAUCUGGCCAUCCUCCACCUACGCCAUGGACAAAGAUGUCAAAGUGGUGGCUGUGUUGUACACAAUCAUGACCCCUAUGUUGAACCCCAUCAUUUACAGCCUGAGAAAUAGGGAGGUAAAACUGGCACUGAAGAAGGCUUUGGGAUUUAGGAGUAUAAGAUAAGUACUCCACAAAGA